AUAAAUCAAAAAGAAUCACGCGAAGGUACAAACGAAGAAAACGCUGUGAAAUGACAAAAAAUCCUUUAUUUUUGGAUUCUAAGAUGUGGCAAAGCUGGUUUUCCUCGUAAUUAUAAACACUAACCUUUUCAGCCAUGAAUUUCAUAAGGGAUUUUAAAAUUAAUAAAUUUAGCUGAAAAAUAAAAUAAAAGUAAAAUGUGAACUUAUCUUCAAUCCGCACAUACUUCAUUUAUACCGAUCGGAAUCGUGCCUAUAUAGAACUUGUCCGUUGUGGCCGGGUGUAUUUUACCCGUGGACAUUGCUGAACACUGAAUCAAUGUUAUGUCAAUACUAGUAUGUUACAUUAAAUAAUUGGCUAAUAAUACGUAUUACUUAAAAUAAUUAAACAUUUAUUUAUUAAAAAGUCAACAAUACAAUCAAACAAAAAAAAAAACAAAACUAUUUAUUCUGAGAUCAAUCAAUUUUAAAAUCGCUCGGGUAUCAGAUACCCGGCAACAAUGACGCCGGGUUAAUCUGGUGCAUUUGCUCUAUCUAACCAUAUCACUUUUAAUCCUGAAAUCGUAGGACGGUAUACCAAAGCCCGGCCAUAUAAUUUAAUAUAUAAAGGGGCUAUGUUUCAAAAAGAAAUUUGUUUUGUAAUAAAUAGUGAUAAGUUACAUAUUAUUUUUCGUAUAAUGUUUUUUUGCAUUGGCGGCCUUCGGCGAUGCUUCAAAGAAUUAACCUUGGUCAGUCCAACACCAGGGUGUUUAUAGUUCUUUUGUGUCAAAUUAUUUUGCACGAUCCGCCGCGCUUCAAACAAAAAACACGGGGCGUUCAAAGUUUUCUUGUGUCCAAACUCUUUCUGCAUUGGCGGCCUUCGGGCACGCUUCAAAAAAAAUUACCCGGGUCGGUUCAACAAUGGGGUCAGGUUAGAUUAGAUUAUUACAUGAGGAUUGCACCGCGACCUCAGGUCUACCCGGGGUGUUCAGAGUGGCCGUGCUUCAAAAAACAACCCUGGUCGGUCCAACCAUAAUUAAUAUUUGUCCUGUUAGAUUGGCCUGUUUGAGGAGUGAAGUGAGCAAUUGGCGGCGGCCCAAAAUACCAUUUAAUUUUAUGUGAUUCUAAUAUUGGAGCUACGGUUGAAUUUUUCUUGAUUGGCAUUUUUAAAUCUUGGUCAAAUCUUCUACAAGCUCCGAUAAAAUUUGUUCCAUUGGCCGAGUAUAUAUGCUGGCUUUUACCUCUUUUCAAAGCAGCUAGAAACGCUUCGGAUGUUAAAUCACUUACUGCUUAUAAAUGAAUAGCUUUUGCAAGUACUCCUUUGGAUGCUACAUCAGAUGGAUUGCCUUUUGUUCCAACGUGUUGCCAUAUCGCAGUGGGAUUUAUGGUAGUGUGUCUGGAAGGCUCUACGUAACUAAAAAACUGAAUGCCAGCAAAAAAUAAUCAAAAUUUUCAGCUAUGAACACAACAUCAAAGACAGCAAUCAAACUAAAUACUAAUGAAGCCCAAACGUUAGAGUCGUUCGAAAUAAUAUCACCAUCUGUUGAGACAUCUUCUAGUACAGUAACAAUUGAGUCCAUUACGGCACAUAUUUCUUCCAAAUCCUCAUCGCCAUUCAAUGCUUUAGGAUUUAAGGAUUCUUCAAGACUAUCACCGUUAGCUGAAGCAACCGUUACUAAUUACGCUGGUGAUUUAAAAACAAAAAGUUUAUUAAAGUCUCCAACAUCAUCCGGAACUAGAUCACCAAUUGAUCUUCCAUUUUUAAAUGAUACAUAUCACCAAAAUAAGCAACAGAUUCAACAAAGAGACAUUGUUUUAAAUAACCGUUUUGAGAACAUGCUAUCAUCAUCGAGCAAUAACAAUCAGCAGACACCUCCAACUACUACUACAGGAGGAGUGCUACUUGCCAGCAAUGCAUCAUCACCCACUAACAGUAUUAAAAAUAUUAAAUGUGAACCCUUUUCAACACUGUCGCCGCUUAAUGACAACGUUAAUGGUAAGAAUAUGUUAGACGAAACGCAUAAUAACAACAACUUAAAUGGGGCUAGUGCUGUUGCAAUAGAUACUGUUAAGCGCGAUAGAGACUGUCCUACGGCAUCGACUACCACAUCUACACCAAUUAUGCGUCAAAAUUCCAAUAGUACCAUUAAGUCGUGUCCUAACACAGUGAAUGCUUCCUCACCAAACAAUGGUAGUGAUCAUUCGAAUAGUAGUAGUAACAUUUCAUCAAAUCUGUCACAAGGUAAAGAAAGUAAUGCAGAUAUUCUUCAUGAUCUUAACAAGCCAGAGAAAUGUGAAAAUAAAAAGAAGUCAAACAUGAAUAAUUUAGCUACUGUGAAAGAAGAUGACACUGGUGUAAAGUCUUCUGCGGAAAAAAAUGUUCUCACGGGAUCUUCAACGAAAAAUGUUUUGUGCACAACAACGGCAAUAAGCUCAUUAUCUUCUGCAAAAGAAGAAACAAUUGGUAUGAAUAAUUUAAUGAACGUAAAGAAAGAAGAGGGAAUUGUUUCACCAGACAUAUCUCCGGCUGGUUUUGGUUCGAUUGCUAACUUGUCUGGUAGUAACACAGUGGAUGUCAGAUCCUGCACACCAGUGAAACAAGAAGAUGUAGCCAACACGAAGACGGUUACUAAUUGUAACAAUAACAUCACGAAUUCUAAUAACCACGAAAAAAUAGUUUCAAUAUUGGGUUCUAUGAAUAAUGGAUCCAGCGGAUGUGCAGAAGAUUCACUUUCUGUAUCUGAUACUACAACCUCCCUUGUUAACACAUCGACCGACUCUUGCGUUGGCGGGUCACACCAUUCGUCAGGAAAUGUAAUAAAUAGUAACCAUAUUAAUAGUGGAUCAAUUUCAAAUUGUAUGGAGUAUAUGCAACAACAAAAUCAUAUAUUUGUGUUUUCAACCCAGUUGGCAAAUAAAGGUGCUGAAUCAGUUUUGAGUGGUCAGUUUCCAACAAUAAUAGCAUACCAUUGCACACAACCAGCAACAAAGGAUUUUCUUGAAGACUUCUUUAUAAAAAAUCCCAUGAAAAUAUCUAAAUUGCAGCGCCAAAAUUUGUGUAACAUAUCAGUAGGUUCCGGUCAACAAUGGGUUGGAGGAUGCAAUGCACUACCAAAACUGACUCAAAAACCCAAUGUCAAUAAAAUAAGUUUUUCGGCUAUGGCCGGCAAUUUGGAAAGCAAACUGUCUCUUCGACAGUCCAAUAUUCCUAAUUUUAAUGAAGUCUCGGAAAAUUUAAAUAGUAAUGAAAACGAAUUAAUGUGUUGGGAGCAGGGGAGAAAUAAUAUGGAAGGAACAUCUAACGACGGUCAUUCAGCUUUAAAAAUGACAAAUGGCGUCGAUGGAGUCGUAGAUGGCGGUCCCCAUCCUGUUAAUAAAUCCCUUGCUGCCACCGAAGGGGCGAGUGUGAAUAACGAUAAUAGUACGCCUUCACUACAAGGAAUUAAAGUACCCGAUGAAAAUUUAACACCACAACAACGUCAGCAUCGCGAAGAACAAUUAGCCAAACUAAAGCAAAUAGAUAAAUUUUUGUCUAACCCUCUUCAAGGAGCAGGUCAACUGGGAAAAUUGAACUCAGAGGGUGUACCAGCUAAUCUUGCCGGCCUAAUGCUCAAUUUACCUAAUACAGGCUCGGUUGGUAUUGGACCACAAAUAACUAACCAACUCAAUCCUAACGUCCGACAUAUGCCAUCAAAUGUAAUGAAUGCAAACAAUCACAAUAUAUGCAAUCCCGAAAAUAUGCCAGCAGCAUUGGGUGAUGGGAACAUUGCUCCACCAGACAUUCUCAGUACCCAUGAGAUAAAUAAUUUGACAAAUAAAUCAGUGCACAUGAACAAUCAAUCGAGUAUGCAAUGUGGACGUAAUGGAAUUGUUGGUAUCGUCCCUCCUACUGUUAGUGUAAGCACUAUGACCAGAAGUUCAUUACCUUGUCACACUGGAGGAAAUAAUACGGGAAAUUGUCUGGUAAAUAGUAACAUCGCUGGUGCUGGUGGACUUAUGCCGAAUUCACCUGAAAUUAUAAAUAAUUUUAUUGGAGAAGGCAAUUUAAAUAGCAAUUCUGUCAAAAUAAUUGGUCCAAUUGGAUUGGGUUCUCAGGAAAUGGCUCAGGCCGGUAUGGCACAGAUGGAGUGGUCCAAAUUACAACAUCAAUUUUUUGAGGAACGUAUUAAAGGUAACAAGGGUCAGGGACAAAACGAUGUCGGAUGUAUGCCAACAUCACUUUGUCGUUCAAAUUCUGCAAGCAUGAGACCAAAUAUAAGCGGAUCAGGUGCACAAACUGUAACUGCAACUAGCUGUCAAAGCAUUCGUUCAACACAGGGCCCACCCCCACCAUAUCAUCCUACACAGCGUUCGGCGUCGGUACCCAUUGCAACACAAUCUCCAAAUCCAGCUAGUCCUAAUAACCCGACAUCAAAUUUAUCGUUACCGUCACCUCGAACAUCAGGGCCAUUAGGAAUAACGGCAAACUCACCAAAUAUGGACGUGCAUGCGCCAACUAUGCCAACAACACUGGCAGUAACGGCAACAACACCAACAGUCAGUACAGCAAUAUCAAAUGCAAACGGUCAAAGUAAGAAUAAUUUCCCAUCUGAAGGUUCUCCAACAAGCAGCGGCACUAAUAGCAGUACUACAAAUACAAUUGCGAAUAGAAAUCGUAAUAAUCAAAUGAGCCAAUUCAAUAGUAAUCCCAGUACUCCAUUAUCACACUUAUCACCUAAAGAUCUUGAUUCGUUUCAUACAAAUGUACAAGCAGGUGAUUUAAAAAAUGCGCGCCCUAGUCCACAAAGGUCACGGACUCCUUUGAUAGGAUCAAAUAAUGGUAAUAUUGCUGAUGCUGGAAAUAUCGACGCGCGUUUCCUUUCAGCCAGCCCAGGCUUAAAUUUUCCGCAACCUAUGCCCACGGCGACAAGCUCUAAUAGUGGUGUCAACAGCUAUAAAGGACCAGGCCAAAUUGAACGCCAAAAUUCAGCUCCAGUUCCUUCACAGUUCAGUCGUCGCGCUGACAAUCUCCCUUUAAAUCCUAAUAGUAACCGGCCAACGCAGAAUAAAUUAAAUCAUUCUUUUGAUCCAAUAUCGUCAUUAGCUCAGAUGUCUCAGCAGCUUACAAGUUGCGUGUCACUUAAUGCGGGAAAUGGCGGAGGAGUCGGAAAUAUGGGCGUCAUUGCAGUGAAUGAUGUAAACGUUCCGAAUAAUGUAAACCAAAAUUUAGAAACCAUGAUAGCUUCAAUCGAUACGGGAUUAGAUCACUGUAAUGCUGGCUCAUCCGGCAAUAUGGGAAUGCCCCCCCAUAUAAGUGGUGCCGUACCGUUUAUCUCUAAUAACUGUCAUAUUAAUUCUAUGCUGGGUUCAAUGGGACAACGUUUACUUAAUCCAAAAAUGUGCGGAAGUUUUAAUCCAGCUAACGGUGGAAUAGGACGAGACGGACCAAGUGGAUUGCAUGGAGUAAUGCCCAAUCAUCGAAUGAUGAGUCGCAUGCCCAUGAAUUUUAGUAAUUUUAAUGUUUCAUCCAAUAUACAAGUUAAGGCCAGUACACCGAAUACCAUACAGUAUAUGCCAAUACGCGCUCAAAACAAUAACAACAAUAAUAUACGUGUUCCACCGAGUCUGGAAUUCUUGCGUUAUGCAAACCCACAAAUGGCCGGUGCUGGUAACAUCAUGGAUAAUGGCCACAUAGGUCAAGGAAAUGCGGGUCCAUCAUCCGAACAAAGUAAAAUAAAUAAUUGCAACAAUGGACCAACAGGUGUGGGAAAUACGAGUAUGAACUUUUUCGGAAAUUGCAUGGAACAAGAAGACAUGUCUGGGGGAAAUAUUAUAUCAAGUCAUGAAAUGAACAUGGGCCCUCAUUCUUCAAUGAUACGUGGCAUGCGACCUAUCAGACAACAUAUGGGGCAUUCAGGAAAUCAAAUUAUACCUGCUCCCCGCAUGCAAGCAUCAGGUGUUCCCAUAAUGCCUGGACAUUUUCCAAAUGGCCCACAAGAUCCUAUGGAAUGCGUAGACAAUUCUAUGUUCAUCGGAAAUAAUGCUAAUGGUAAUGGACCGGUACAAGGGUCUACACCGGGCGUUAGCGGAGCUUCAGGACAAGGUCCGAUGUAUCCAGGUGGAACCAGUCAACAAAAAUCAGGAAAACUAAUGAGUGCAAGCAUUAUAUGUCAAAAUAUGAAUAUUUCAAAUAUAGGAAAUAAUGGACAAAUCUCUGGAAGUGCUAAUUUACUGCCGAAUGAACAUAAUUCAUCCAUGCAAUCUGCAGUAAAUGGACCAAUUAUGAUGGGUAAUAAUAGUAACAUGCUCUCGAAUGCAAUUCAAGUGGGCAACAGUACGCCUCCAGUUGGAUGCGCUACCAAUGGGGGAAAUGUUUCAGUUGAUGUAGGUAACGUUGGGUACAAACCAUUUGUUGGUCCAGCUUCGAAUGAUCUUAAGUAUGCGCAGCAGUACCAUAGUUUUCAGCAGCAAUUGUAUGCCACAUCCACGAGGAGUCAACAAAAUACUGGCAAUACUAAUAUUGGAAGCAAUGUAUCGGCUAAUCCUUCUUAUUUUGUAAAUAAGUAAAUUCUAAAAUUAUAAGUACAAGCUAAGUUAUCCAUUUGUAAUAAAUCUUGCUCCGUUCGUCUCGUUAAAAUCAA